AUGGCUUCGUUGUAUCAGAGAUUUACCGGCAAGAUCAACACGAACACGUCAUUCCCCAAGCCGCCCGAGGCGAACCGGCUGCUCGGCCGAGGCGCGGAGGAGGAAAACGCAGCGAGGAGCCAAGACCCGUUACCCCGGGGACCGCCACACCAGAGUUUUGCAGUUCAGGAGAGGGACGGGGGGGGGGGGGGACCUAAAUUUCAAGAACUGGCCCCCUCGGAUUGUGAUGAGACUGAAGAGCUGGUGGGGAGUAACCCACCGCAGAGGAACUGGAAGGGAAUAGCGAUCGCCCUGCUUGUCAUUCUGGUCAUCUGCUCGCUGAUCGUCACCUCCGUCAUCCUGUUGACACCAGGGGAGGAUGACAGUCUGGCUCUGAAGGGCAAGGUGGCGGUAGGCGACAUCUUCAGGAAAGACUUCAAAGUUCACGACCCCGACGCCAAAUGGAUAAGCAGUAAUGAACUUUUGUACCGUACGCGCAAGGGGGAUGUUGUCAAGUUCAACGUCGACACCAAUGAGAAAACAGUCUUGGUGCAUAAUAAGAAGUUUGAAAUGUACAAAGCCAGCAAGUACGAGGUGUCUCCCGACAUGAAGCAUGUGCUGCUGGCCUACAAUGUGGCCCCGGUUUACCAGCAUUCCUACACCGCCUUCUACAUCAUCUGCAGUCUGGAGAUCCCGGAGACAUGGAACUUGAACCCCCCAGAAGUGCGAAAUGCUCAGCUGCAGUACGCAGGCUGGGGACCCAAAGACCAGCAACUGAUCUUCAUCUUCGAGAACAACAUCUACUAUCGCUCCACGGUGGAGAGCCGUUCCAUUCGCCUGGUCUCUACCGGAAAGGAGGGCGUUAUAUUCAAUGGCCUCAGCGAUUGGCUUUAUGAAGAGGAGAUUUUCCAAUCCCAUAUUGCCCAUUGGUGGUCCCCCGACGGCGCCAGACUGGCGUACGCCACCAUCAACAACACGUUAGUGCCCAAGAUGGAGCUGCCGAUGUUCACUGGCAUGCUCUAUCCUACGGGGAAGGAGUACCAUUACCCGAAGGCUGGCGAGGAGAACCCCGUCAUUACUCUGUACGUUGUAAACCUCAACGGCCCGCUGCACACCAUCGAGAUGAGGAGACCGGAGGAUCCCAGAAUAGGAGAGUACUAUGUCACCAUGGUGAAGUGGGCCACCAGCACCAAGCUGGCGAUCAACUGGCUGAACAGAGCGCAGAACAUCUCCAUGCUCACACUAUGUGAGGCGACCACGGGGGUCUGCACCAAGAAACAUGAGGACGAAAGUGAAGGGUGGCUGCACAGACAGAAUGAAAAGCCGCUGUUCUCCAAGGACGGGUUGAGACUGUUUUUCACCAGGGCCAUCCCCCAAGGAGGCAGGGGCAAGUUCUUCCACAUCUCCAUGUCCAUCUCCCAGCCCAACACCAGCACAGACACCCUGCAGUCCAUCACAUCUGGAGACUGGGAUGUCACCCAAGUCCUGGCCUACAAUGAGGAUAGCCAGCUGAUAUACUUCUUAAGCACUGAGGAUGAUCCGAAGCGAAGGCACCUGUACAGCGCGGACACAGUCGGCCCGUUCAACCGUCGCUGCCUGUCAUGUGACUUCUCCGACAGCUGCGGCUACGUUACCGGCUCCUUCAGCCACAACAUGAGCUACUUCCUGCUCGGCUGCCAAGGUCCUGAUGUCCCAUUUGUGGCAGUCUACAAUACACAAGACAGAGAGAAGGUGUGCGACCUGGAGACCAAUGAGAACCUCAGGCUGACUCUGGAUUCAAUGCAGAUGCCCAAGGUGGAGUACAAGGAGAUCAACAUCGAAGACUAUACUCUAACAAUGCAGAUCCUAAAACCAGCUGGCUUUGUGGACACUGCACACUACCCGCUGCUGCUCCUUGUUGACGGCUCCCCCGGUGGCCAGAUGGUGUCCGAGCGGUUCCAAAUGGACUGGGCCACGGUGCUGGUGAGCAGCUUCGGGGUCAUCGCGGUGCGUUUCGACGGGCGCGGCAGCGGGUUUCAGGGGACCAACCUGCUGCACCGCAUCCAGAAGAAACUGGGCGUGUUUGAGGAGCGAGAUCAGCUGGAGGCGCUGAGCAUUAUCUCAAAAGAGCCCUAUGUUGACAAAACAAGAAUCGGAGCUUUUGGAAAGGUGUAUGGCGGCUAUGUGACCAGCAUGCUGCUCAGUGCCGAGGAGUCUCCUGUGAAAUGCGGCGCUGUCCUCUCGCCCAUCACCGAUUUUGAGUUAUACGCCUCGGCCUUCUCUGAGCGGUAUCUCGGGCUGCCCAAACCUGAUCCCAGGGCAUACACGAUGGCCAAUUUGGACCACAGAGCCUCUCAGUUCAUGGACAAGAAGCUUCUCAUCAUCCAUCCAACAGCCGAUGAAAAAGUCCAUUUCCAGCACUCAGCGAAAUUCAUCGCCCAGCUUAUUAAUGAAAAGGCAAACUACACCCUACAGAUCUACCCAGACGAAGGCCACUUCAUCCAUGGCGAGGCCACGCGGCAGCACCUCAGCCAGUCCCUGGUCAACUUCUUCGAGGAGUGCUUCAGGCUACCGGACAAGGUGUUCGAGGAGAAGCUGGAGGAGGAGAGCGAGGACGAAGGCUAGCCGACUCGUCCGAGCCUCACCCGGCCUGCCCCGUUCCCACCCCUCCGCCAACCCCCGCAACCCCACCCACCUCCACCUGGUCACCCAAGCACAACGCGACACUCCAC